CUUUUCUCCCACCCUUUCUUCUUCCUCUCCCUCUCUCGGCCUACAAAACGAUUUGGGUUAACCCAAUCCAAAAAGUAGAGCAUCGAUUCAGGAGAUGAGCAGAGACGGCCGUCGACAUCCUCGCCGACGAACGACGGUGAUGAAUUUUCUGGGUUUUGUGGAAACAAGAACGAAGAAGAAAGGGGGGAAAAGAACAAAGAUAAAAGAGAGAUGAUACAAACAAAAUAAAAAAGAAACUAAGUCCACUCAAUGUUUUCCCUCCGAUUUGGAGGGGAGGGUGAAACAGUGUUUUUUCCUGCCCCUUUUCUUUCCUCUCGCAAUGUUCUUCUCUUCGCAAAC